AUGGCGCCGCCGAGACAGAAUGCCGCCGACGACGGCGACGCAGACUACGACCGAGAAGAGGAAGACUACCUCGACGACGACGACAGCGGCGACGAUUUCCGAUCCGCACCUGCCCUACCACGCCUCGGCGCCCGUGGACAAGGCGCUCUCGCUACCCGCAACAGCCUUCGCUCCAGCGCUGCCGGUGCUGCUUCCACGUCAAAGGCAGCCAAGGACGGUGGUGCACCGGGCAAGCCCAAGCCCAAGUCCAAGGCCAAGGACGCCGGCUACAGCUGGGAGGCCACCUACAAGCGCUCCUGGGACAAUGUCCACGAAGACGAGAGCGGCAGCCUCGAGAGCGCGGUGCGCCAGAUGAUCGAGAGCAACAAGCGCAAGCGCAUCACCCGCGACGUCGCCCCCGUCCAGCGCGGCAUCAUCCGCCACCUCGUCCUCCUCAUCGACCUCAGCUCCAGCAUGCUCGAAAAGGACCUCCGCCCCAACCGCUUCGACCUCACCCUCCAGUACGCCCGCGAGUUUGUCCAGGAGUACUUUGACCAGAACCCCAUCGGCCAGCUCAGCGUCAUUGCCACGCGCAACGGCAUCGCCGAGCGCGUCGCCAUGAUGGGCGGCAACACCGUCGACCACGUCGCCUCGCUCGGACAGCGGCGCAGGCUCGAGCCCAGCGGCGAGCCCUCGCUGCAGAAUGCCCUCGAGAUGGCGCGCUCCAGCCUGGCUCACCUGCCCGCCAGCAACUCGCGCGAGAUCCUCGCCAUCUUUGGCUCCCUCACCACCUGCGACCCGGGCAACAUCCACGACACCAUCCGCCAGCUCCAGCGCGACCACAUCCGCGUCUCGAUGGUCUCGCUCGCCGCAGAGGUCAAAAUCUACCGCGACGUCUGCACAAAGACAGGAGGCACCUUUAGCGUCGCCCUCAACGAGGGCCACUUUCGCGACUGCCUCUUUGAUCUCGUGCCCCCGCCCGCAGUCGAGGGUCCAGGCCGCGGGCGAGGCCGGGGCCCAGAGGGAAGCGACGGCGACGGCGACGCCGCGUCGCAGGGCAUCGACCUGCUGCAGAUGGCCUUUCCGCUGCGCCUGCCCGCCCACUCGGACCCUACGCUGUGCGCGUGCCACUCCAAGGUCAAGGGCGCCGGUUACCUGUGCCCGCGCUGCGGGUGCAAGGUGUGCGACGUGCCCACCGACUGCCCCGUGUGCGGCAUCACGAUUGUCAUGAGCACCCACCUCGCCCGCUCCUACCACCAUCUCUUCCCCGUCGGCAACUGGCUCGCCGUGCCCUGGGAGGCCGUCACGCCCGCGUCGAACCCGAACUGCUUUUCGUGCAACCUCCCCUUUCCCCCCAAGCCCGACCCGGCCCAGGCUCCAACCCACGCCAAUGGCCAUGCCAACGCCAGCGCCAGCGCCAGCGCCAGCGCCAACGCCAACGGCUCCACAGCAACAUCGUCGUCGUCGCAGGCUGCCGCUACGGUCGCCGCCAAAGCCAAGGCGCCCAACGGUGCGAGGGCCGUGGUGGGCGCCGUCGACGAGAGCGGUCUGGCGCCGUCGUCGAGGUACGCGUGCUCGAGGUGCAGGACCCACUUUUGCCUCGAGUGCGACGCCUUUGUGCACGAGCAGCUCCACGUCUGCCCCGGCUGCUGCUGA